AUGUCUUCGACAGCCUACGAACCGCUUCCGACCUCAUCUUCGCCAUCCUACCCACCAUUGCCAGGACCGCCCUAUCGUCUUGAACGGCACAAAUCACAGAUUACCCCUGCCCUAGUCCUGAAGUAUGUCUUGGGAGGUUGUGGCUGUCUUGUGAUACUUCACUAUGUCAUCAUUGGAGCAUUUCCUAGGUCUUCCUACGCGAGAUAUUCGACUGACAGUCAAACUCCCAUUGAUAAUGAAGCGUACGCUACAGCGGCGGCUACAGCUCAAGGUGUACUAGAUCGACUUGAUCCUUCUGCAGGACAGCCUGGAACCUUCUUUCGUGAUUCCUUUCCUCUCAAAACGAUGUUGGCAUUUUGGGACUUAGCAGAAAAAGAGGUACAAGCUAGAGGUUUAGAUACUUGUAAUGGUCAAUUAAGUCGAGAACUCGUCAACGCAUAUCAUUCUUCAGAAUUAGCUUAUUGUACACCAACAGGAAAAGAUGAAGAAACUUUUCAACCUACAACAAUAAGAACUAGUUCACACUCACCGCAUUGGGAUCCUAGUCAACCAGUUGAAGGCACCACAAUAUUCUGUUCACCCGUUCAAAGGUCUUCUUUCAGCAAUUGGUGGCCUUAUCCUGCUGCUCCUUGCGUGGCUACCAAUCUCAGAACUAUACCAAACGAGGCAAGACGAUUCAGAUCCGCUGGCUGCGAUGUGACAGCGGAAGGAUCGAGAUUAGACGAUGAAAUGGGUAGUGAGAGGUUUUUAGGAUCAGAUACCGACAAAAUAGUAUUGGACGAUGUAGCGGCUGGCUGCAAGGAAAGGAUAGAAAGAACAAUGUUAGUGAUUGGGAGACAAGAUCAAUGGAACCCAUUUCAUGUCGCCGAAGACCUGAUAACUACACUUGUAUCCGCCUUCAUUGCUACUCAGACGGCACCCGCUCUCAUAGAUACAAGAGUUCAACUGGUGUUUGUCGAAGGCUUUGGUAUGGACACCAAUCAUUUCACACCCUUAUGGGAUAGAAUGGGAGCCUGGGCACCUAGAAGACUGAGUCUAGAUCCUUGGACUGAAGGGACAUGUUUGACAAAUACGAUACAUAGUGUAGGAGCUGGUGCUUCUCUUCUUUCUGCGAUGGGUGUGGGCAGGUCAUACUCUUGUGCUUCGACAAUUACAUGGGCGGCAUCUCAUUAUUAUCGACAUCUAUUUGGAUUAUUACCUCCAUCUUUAUCUCUUCCAGAAAAUCUCCUUGACUCCCACCACGCUUCAGCUCGACCCCGUCGUCCUAUCAACGUUUUAUGGCUAUCAAGAGCCAAGUUAGAUAAUUAUGCGCAAAAACACAAUGAUUGGUCCAAUUGGCGCGAUGUAAGGCAUAUAACCAAUGAACCAGAGUUAAUCAGAAAAUUCCAUACUGAAUUGGCAGCAUUGUGCGAAGAUUCAAAAACAACGGGUGAAUUCGGUGAAACAGGCUGCAUAUAUGAAGAUGCUCAAGAAGUACCAGAAACAUGGGCUUUGACAUCUCCUGCAAUGGUCACUUCGGAUCUAGACCCAUUGCCUAUCAGAUUUGCAUCAUUAGAUCCAACCGUACAUGCUCUUGAAACUCAAAUUCAUUAUGUUGGACAUACAACCAUUCUGGUGUCAUCGCAUGGUGGAGCCUUAGGUCUCUCCCUCUUCUUACCACCAGGAGAUGGAACACUCAUCGAACUCCAAGUGGAGAAUGUAGCAGGAAACUAUCAUUUCGAACACAUGGCCAAAGAGAUGGGACACAAUUAUGAGGUUCUAGGUAUCAAGAGAAACGUGGAUGUCGAUCAAGUCUGGGAGUCAGUGAGAAGGUGGAUAUGGAAAGUCGCUCAAAGUGGUUGA